GAAGAUUUGACAUUUGACAUUGUUUUGUUGUUGGUUUAACAAUAAAUAAUCCAAUUGGCUAGUUUACCUGCAAGGUUUCUAUUGUUAAUUAGAAGUCCACCUAUACAAAAGAAUUCAAACGAAAUAACCAAAUUCAAGGCCGUUGAGUAAUUCGGACGUCUCAUAUAAUUUGUUUGUGUGGUUGUGGUCAAUGACCGCACGAAAGAUUUGACGAAUAGACAUGCAGAAGAUUCUGAGUCGUACAGGUUUUGACAGGUAUUUUUGAGUGUGCUUAGAGUAGUGUCGUUUUGUGUUUGCUCAAAAGGCGUGAUAUCGUCACUUUUGAUAACAAAUCGAUCAUACCAACGAUUUUUCCUUUAUUCAUUACGGAAAAAAUACUGUCUUUAAUGCUACCCCGAUGGCAAUCUUCACAAAUGUGGUACAAGAGUUUCGGGAAGAAAUUGAAGCUAACCUGACCCUCGACGAUGUAAUUGAUACGUUAAUUGCACAGAAGAUCAUCGACGAAAAACUCUACAUUGAAAUAUGGGGCAAUCAACAUAACCGCGUAAAGUACUUAUUGGAUAUCAUCGUCAAAGAUGGCAAGCGGUGCUCCACAUUCAUUCAAAUUCUGGGAACUGUGGCUCGCAUGAAGCACAUUUCCGAAUCGAUCAGUUCCAGCAUUGAAAAAAUACGAAAAGUUAUUGUGAUUGGCGGUUUUCCCGAAUUUUCCUUGAAUUAUGUUGUGAGAAAUUCAGUGGAGUGGACCAAAGUGGCUAAUACCAUCAAGGAUAGGGCGCUAGGUCUCGACCCUAAACUUGGCGGUAUUUUGGUAGUGUAUGGUUUGCCCGGUUUUGGUAAAUCAUGUUUAGUAAAUCAAGUUUUGCAAACUAAACGCUUUUUGGAAGUGUCUGGAAAUGCCAUGUUUUGGAUCAAUUUAGGAGAAUAUUCAGACACCACUGCCAUUAUUAAUCCCUUAUGGAAUUUGUAUUUGACUGCUGUUAAGCUAACUGAUUAUGUAGCUUUAAGUCAUAGGCCAGAUGACAUCAUUAUUUUGCAAAAUGAACUGAAAAGAUUGUUUUUGCACGAAAAUUUAGCCAAUUCGUAUAUCAUUCUUGAUGAUGUCAAAUCGCCAGAUGUUCUAAAUGCUUUUAAAUUAAGUUGUAAAACUAUUGUGACCACGCAGGAUAAAAAUGUGGCCAACAAUUCGGAGGCAUUUUUCAUUAAGGUUACGACAGGUUUUACUAAAAAAGAAUCAAUCGAAUUGUUACGAAAAUCUCUAGAAACUGACAAUCUCGCAAAUAGGGAAAAUCUAGCAAAUCGAAUACACGAGUUGUGCGAUGGUUGUCCCAUGUUGUUAAAUAUCAUAGGUUCAAUUUUAAAAGAUAGCCGCGAAGAAGCCUUGUCUACUGAUAUCAUCUGGAAAUCACUAAUCGAUGAAAUUAUCACAAACGAUUACUUGCAACACCCAACAACAAUGAAAGUGAUUCACAUGAUCCAAAGAUUCGUUACCUGCUUAGACCCCGAAGUUCAAAGGUGCUUCCACAGCUUGGCUGUUUUUCCCAAACAUGUCAACAUUCGACCGGAAAUACUCAUGAAAUUGUGGGACAAGACGUAUUAUGAAGUGAGACAAAUAAUGGUAGAGUUAGAAAACAAGUCUCUCAUCGUUUCCUUUUACAACAAAGAUCUCAAAUCGUACAUAUACAGUAUCCAUAGUUUAGUUCGCACGUAUUUAGUUGAAAAAGCGAAAAUCGACAUUAAAUACUACCACGAAAAACUGAUCUUGCAAUGUGAUGAAAUCAUCGACAAGUCACCGCCUGAUGACCCUAUUGCUAACUACAUUUUUGGCUAUUACGGGUAUCAUGCCAAAAACGCGCAACUUUACCACAAAUUCGAAAAAUAUUUCGAUUUAAGAUUCAUUGAGAACAAAAUAAAACGGGUCGGAUCGGCUGAUCUCCUGACUGAUUUCGAAAUAUACAGGGAUUUCAUCACAAAGAAGGAACCUCACUUGGAGCGCAAACUGAAAGACUACAUAAAGUUUGUGCACUCAUACAGCGCCCAUUUGCACAUUUCUCCCGAGACAAAUAUCGUGCAGUUUGCGUUUUUCAAUGACAAUAAUUACGUCUACGAAGAUGCAAAACAUAUCGCCAGCAAUAAUCCCGACCAACUGUACUUCAAAUUGGAGCCGUAUUCUGGUGGACAUAAGAAUUUUCCAGUUUUAAAGACGAAAAGUGUGGCAACUGCUACGUGUUUUGUCGAUUCGAAGGAGGUUCUCGUGGGCACAGCUAGCGGCAGCAUUGAAGUCAAGUCGUUCCGUCAAUACCAGCACAAAGUCCACCGCUUUGAAGGCCACUCUGACCAAGUCUUCAGCUUGCAAAUAAGUCCCGAUUCAAAAAGCUUUCUCUCAAUUUCCGUCGACCACACUGCCAAACUGUGGCGAUUUGUCGAAGAACUCGACCCUCAAUCGCCCAAACUGAAACAAACCAAUUGGAAAAACUUACAUUCCCCUGAUGAAAAUGCAAUCCCACACAAAACUUUCAAAAUUCAAGACGGCGACUACAUCACAUCUGCGGCUUUCCCUUAUGAUACAUGCGAUGAGAUAAUUACGGCUUCGAAUAAAGGAAAAAUUAUGAGAUGGAAUGUGAGAACUGCGUCAAUUGUGAGGGAAUCAUCGGCUUUAGGAUUGCCAAUUUCGCGGAUUUGCUAUGUUCACGAUAGUGAGCAGGUGAUUUUUGCGUACGAUGGCAAGGUGUAUUGCUAUGCCAGGGGGAAUUUGGUUUAUAAUGGACAGUUUGGGGUUUUGGAUGAUAUUACCGAUUUGGUUCUUAUUCCGAUUGUUUCGGAGUAUAGGGAAGUGGCUGUGAUUAGUGGAAGGAAGCUUGAGAUCUGGGAAUAUGUGAAGAAAGUCAAGAGAUUUAGUUUUGAAGCCCAAUCGAAUAUUACAGCUACUGUGAUCAAUGACGAAUACUUGGUUUUGGGCACGGCUGAGUACAUUUAUUUGUACGAUUAUAGGUGUCAGAAAAUUGAUCAAUACACAAACGAUCAUGGGGAACCCACCUCACUUUACAUCCUUCGGGAAAGCAUCGCUUUCAUUUGUCUCGAUAAGGAAAACGUACAACGAUGCGAAUUAUACUUCGAACCCUGCAGUAAACCUUUAGUCAAAGACCUGGCUCUCUUCAAUUGCUACUGGAAAGAGUCACAACCGAUUUAUUUCAUCGUUAAUAGUGCAAAUAAAAUCGAUAUAUUCUACGGUCAUUCAACAAUCCUGGCAGGAAUUGAUGAAAUCACCGAUAAAAUUAUUUCGUGUUCAUUCUCCCUCUGUGGAAAUUACCUGAUUUUGGGGACGGAGUCGGGGAAGUUGUACUUUUACAAUUACAAGAAGAAGAAAGUCACUUGUUUGAAAAUCUGCGAUGAGGAAAUAAAAUUGGUUAAGUGCUUCGAAUUCGAUGAAGUUGUUGAUUAUGACAGUGUUAGUGCUUGCGGAAUGGUUGUGGUUGCUUCUAGUUCAAAAAUCGUGAUAAUAGUUGAUAAUAGAGUGAAAUUGGAGCUUGAUAUUUUGGAUGAAUUGACCGACGUGUUGUACCUUCGGAACCGCUUGAUUGCGUUUGAUGUCAAAGGCCGGUUUUCAAUCGCCUGCUUAAGUGACGAUCAAUGUUUAGGCUGGAUUUCCACAAAGUAUAAAGACGUGGCUAUUGCUAGAAUUCACAAAGGGAAAAAUCUGCUAGCGAUUGCCUGCAAGGAAGGGAAUGGUUACGUUUUGCGAGUCCUUACAUUCGUUUCUGAUAAUCCUUUGACUCUGCAAUGUUUAUUUGAGGCGAAGUUGAACACGACUCCGACUUGCAUGAGCUUGAAUUCCAACGGCAAACUCGUCUCAGUUGGUGGUGAUAAUGGGGACAUAGAGGUGUUUUCGAUCGAAAACAACCAACAAGACUUGCUGCUUUUGCAUAAAAAGUCAGUCGAACAGCUUGUUUUCGCUCCCAAUUUCGAGUCGAUUCUUGUGAGUUUGGGGGAUCAGAUCGCUUGGUGGAACUUGAAUGAUUUUGGAAAAAAAAGUGAGAAAAUGAAUGGAAAUUCUGAGCAUUCCCACCAGUCUUUGGUGUUCAAUUUUGAUCCAUGGCAAGACAAGAAACUUCAUGACACUGUGCCUUAUUUGCUCACUAGUACAAAUUUACACGGAAAGAGGUUGCAGUACAUUUCUGCUUCGAAAGAUUUUCGAUCGUUUUUGAUCAUCGACAUCGACGGUAAUAUCUUCAAAAUGGAUAUUAUCGAUUCCUGACGAUUGUACUUAGUGAUAUAUUGAAAAUUGCUCAAAGGUGAUAACGUGUAGUGUACAUAUUAUUUUUUAUUUCGUUUUUUUGUGUUAAAAAUAGUUUUGUAUGUUGUCAAAAUCGUAGAAAUGUUUUAAAAUUAGGUGACAUUUUCAGCUUUGGUGUGCAAUUCUUACGUUGUCAUUGUUUAUUGUGACUGUUUUUUAUUCAUACUUAUUUUUUAUAUUCUUUAUUUACCUACACUAUUUUGGAUCGUAUAUAAUUUGUAUAUAAUUUUGUGUCAAGAUUCCUAAGAACAAGACUUAUUACCAUCUAUUCUAAUUAAUUAGUAAAAAAAUGUUUCAAUAUUUUGUAUGAAAGGUACAUGUAUACAUUUUGUUCAUUUCUAACGCCAAUCGUAGUGGAAUUAAUUACUUUCUUCAGUGUAAAUAAAUUCCAGUAUAGGUGUUACCGUAAUGUAGAAUCCGUCUGUUGCACAGAUUAUUUUUCUAGUCUCCUAUUUAUGUUACAUGUGCUAUAUAUUAUAAAUAAAAACGCAGACAUAAAAA